AUGGCCGCCAUCGCUAGACAGCCUUUUGCUCCUCUCGACGGUGCCCGCCUUUCAGGCCUCGUCAGCGGCAAGAACCGCCAGAAUGCGGUCAACACUGUGAGCAAGCGCAAAGCAGACUUGCUCGCCAACGACUGGGAGAACAUAGCCCCAGCCGUUUUUAACAAGCGCAGCAAGGGCAUCGCCCCUUGCCUGAGCAUCGCGAAGCCUUCGGGCUUCGCUCUCAACACACACUUCUCGUCGGCCACACUGCCCGACAUUCUUUCCCUUUCGAGCCCCGCCCGGGUCUCGACCCCCCGCCAGACGCUGAUUCCCAAGUCGCAGCGGGCAAAGCUCGAUCGCUCCGCGGCCUCCAAGCCGACUCCCGUUGUUGCUGCUGCAACUUCUCCCGCGGGCCGAUCGCCCAAGGCAAAGCGCACCGGGCUGCUCUCCAGCCGCCGCCUCCCCGCUGCUUCUCUGACCGGCUCCGUCAAGGCCAAGCUAUGGUCCAUCGAUGGUGCCCUGAAGAGCACCAUCAAGCCAGCCAACCGCCACGGCAAGAGCAAGAGCCGUCUCAGCCGUGGCAAGGACAUCGGCUCAAAGGCAGCGUGGUUCUUCGAGAUCCACGAGGACACCCCGGAGCAGGAAAUGACAAACCUGCUCCAGCACAGCACCUGCACGCUGGACAUCUCCUCGGACGAGGAGACAAGUGCAAAGGCGAAGCGCGACCGCGAUGACGGUUGCGACAAGGAGAACGUCGCCCCUCCUGGGUAUGCUGCCCAGGCACCCCCCGCCACCCCCCGCAGCUCGACCAAGCUCUCAGAGCGAACACCGCUGGCCGAGCUGGACCCCCGCGACUUCUACGCGGAGGGUUGCGAUGAGACUUCGGUGUUCCUCGUCGACGAGGACGAGGAGACCGAGAUUGAGGACAACUCGGCCUUCACAGGUUUCGAGUUUGCGCCAAAGCUCGGCAAUGCUUCUCUGGAUCCGAUCCUGGAGAAGCUCGAUGAGCUUGUCGAGAAGCCCGCCGAGGGCUCUACAAAGGCCGCUGUCCUGGAGCCCAUCGAGGGCAUCCAGGAGAAUUUUGAGCUUUGGGAGAGUGGCAGCGCCAAGGACGAGGCGGAAGCGACUGUUUGA